AUGGGCUUUAGAGUAGAUCACAGACAUCUAUCUGAAUCAGGUGCUUCUAUUUGGUUGAUUGGUCCAGUGAAAGCAUUCACACUAUAUUCCAAUUCAGAUAUAAUGCCGCAAUCAGUAGCAAUGGUGCAACAGCAACAGCAGCAGCAGUCUGACCCACCAAAAUUGAAAAACUUCCAAUUAAGCCAACUAAUAUCGAAUGAACUUUCUCAUCAAAACAGCAUAAAAUCUACCAUAAAGUUAGUGGGAAUGGAUAUAUCAAGUAUAAGUGAUGAAGAUGUUAAGUUGUUGCUUGAUGUUGAAAGGUUAUCUCUGAGGAAAAACCGUCUGAUAUCCCUACCUCCAAAUUUCUCUCAAUUACAAAAGCUUCGCUAUCUAGAUCUACAUGAUAACCGACUUUUCGACAUACCUCCAGUAUUAUUACAAUGUCCACAACUAGAAAUUCUGGAUCUUUCUUCUAACCGCAUACAAGGGUUACCUAAUGAGAUGACAACCUGUUGGAUGAAAAAUCUCAGAGUGCUAUCUUUGAAAAAUAAUAAUGUUUUGUCAAUUUAUUCAUUAAAAUCGUUAAUAUAUCUAGAAAAUCUUACUGUCUUGGAACUAGAGGGGAAUAAUAUACCUAAGGAAGAAUUAGAUAUUGUUCAGGCUUAUACUCCAAUGACUUCAAACGUAUCAAGUGAAGAGUAUUGGGCUAGAGCUCUUAGAAGAUACUUAAAAGAUAAUCCACAAGAGCCUAAGAUGUCAAAGGCUAACAAAAGGAAAGGGUUCAUAAAUGGGUUGAGUUCUACCAAUUCUUUACCCACAGCUUCAACAUCCUCUAGCUCCAGUAAAAAUGUCUCAAAUAUCACCCUCCCCAAUAAAGAAUCUGAUUCUAAUAAUACAAUCAAUGAAAACAGUAAUAAUGAUCUGGAGAAUGCCGAAUUGUAUAACAAUUCUAAAUAUAAUGAUUAUUUCAAAAGGCUAUCGGUAUUACCUGAAGAAUCACCCAUAAUCAACGAACAACAACGCGUAUCUCAUGCAGAAUUGGUAGUAGCAUGCAGAAAAUUACUUUUUAGUUUCACAGAGUGCCAACAAUCGAUACGGAAAAUAGCGUCCUUCUGUAAAGAAAAGGCUAUAGCAGUGAAUGUCGUUUCGUUGCUAUACUCAGUGAGGUCACAUAUUGAUAAUUUGGUGGAAAUAUUACAGCAAGCGGAAAAUGAUGAAAACUUUCAAGAUCAAGCAUUAAUUAAGUUAUGCAUGAAUAUUACGGCGAUCUUUAAACAAAUUAUAACGUUAUUACGUAAAAACUUCAAGACAUUUUUUGAAGAGGAUGAUCUUUGCUUCAUAAGGAUGUUUUACAUGACAUUACUGUGCUCGUAUAGUGAAAUGUACAAUGCAUGGACAUUUAUAAGUUUAGAGAAAUUCGACAAACCUAAAAAGAAACCCAUUGGUAGAAAGGACUCUACGUCGAUUUCAUUUAAUGCAAGUAACAGCAGUAGUAAGACUCAUUCAAAUAAUAGUAGCAUCAUUGAAAAUAUAAAGCAUAAGCCUCGAACAAGAAGUAAUACUUUACAAAAUAUUCCUCCAGUACCCACCCAGCCAAAUAACCAAACCACAACUGCUAUCAAGGGAACAGCGAAUCCACACACUUCCAUUGGAAAUGCUUUAAUAUCAGGCAAGAAUGUAUCACCAGGGUAUGUUAAUAAUAAUAAUAUCUUUUGGGCACAUUCCAAUAGCGUUCAUUCAAACACUGGUCAUAGUACGUUAAUAGAAUCAUCCAAUUCACCAUCUCCCUCAGGUAUUGCAGCUCAAUCAUUAGAAGAUUCUAGACAUAUGGAAAGUUCCCCAAAAAAGGUUGGCCACUAUUCCCCAAAUUCGAAUGCUGAAAGUCGAGAGUCAGCUACUAAUGUUCAAGCCAAUGUUCCUGCCAUACCGAUAUCGUAUCCAUCAUCCUUGUCUAGGAGCAAAUCAAAUUCAACAAAUAAUAACAACAGUAACAAUAAUUCGUUGAAUUCUCCACCAAGAUUGACACCAUCUUCGGCAAGACCUAAUAAUAAUGUCAUGACUUCGGAGAAGGAUAUUGAUUUGCAAUUAUACCGUACAUUAUUAACAGUCGUUAAAAUAGUCAAUAUCGUCUAUAAUCAAUUAACUUCUGAGAUAUCCAAGACGGCCAUGGCUAGUACAACAGGGCAGCAAGUACUGACUGAUUCUUUAGCUACUAAGAUUCGAGAUUUGACUGACACUUGUUGUCAAGUAAUGGAUUUAUCUAAAGUAUUGAAUGAAAGAUUGAAUUUAUUGAUUAAUAAAGAUGAAACGAUAUCUGAAAAGUAUUUAACCAAUCAAGAGAAAUUGAAUACUUGGGAAAAUAUCAAUUCAUUCUUAAAGACAAUUAUUUCAAUUCUAGCAAGUACAAAGAUAUUAAUGACAGAAUUGCCAAGUCUUAAUGAAAUUCGACCCAAUUUAGCAUCAUUAGCCGAGAUUACGAAGGAUGUAACUGUGAUCUUGGAUUUGAGUUCUUAUAAAGUUGUCUCUAUCAAUGCUCAACAACAGCAACAGCAACAACAACAACAACAGCAACAGCAACAAUAUUCAUCGCAUAUGGCCACACAGCAGAGUCAUAUCCAAAUGGUAACAAAGGAUACCCAUUUCCCAUUAUUAACCCCCCAACCGAAAUUGACUAAGCAGAAUGUGAACCCAUUUGAUCAAUAG